GCACAUCAAACCACGUAGCCGAAUUUGGUCCGUGCGAACUGCGAACGAACCAACACCAACGUCAAAAAAGCCUUCUCCAGCUUCACUUUCUUCUCUCUCUCUCUCUCUCUCUCUCUCUCUCUCUCUCUCAUUCUUCUUCUUUCUUCAUUCAAUGUCUCACGGCGACGUCGUUUCGCCGUCCCUGUUCGCCGCCGACGGGAUUGACGACGUCGACGACUACAUUUCGGCACAUGAUGGAGGACAAUCAUUGCCUCGGGACACGUUUGAUCAUGUUUUUGACCUUGUGCAAAGAGGGAAUCGAGCAUUUAGAGAGAACCGUUAUGAGGAGGCAAUCAAUUGUUACUCACGGGCUAAUAGCAUUAAACCAAGUGAUCCUGUUAUCCUUGGCAACCGUUGUGCUGCUUAUAUAAGGAUUAGUAAAUUCUUGAUGCACAGACCUCCAUCAGCUUCUGAAUAUAGACCAUUGAACGGGCUUGAUCCAACGACACAUGCUGAACUUGCGUUGAAGGAUGCAGACAAGUUGAUUAACUUACGCAGCAAUUUGGUGAAAUCAUACAUUCUAAAGGCUGGUGCUCUUAUUUUGUUGGAGAAAUAUGAGAUGGCCCGAGAUGUUAUUCUUUCUGGUCUUCAGGUGGAUCCUUUUAGCAAUUCUCUUAAGACUUCUCUUCAGAAUCUGGAGAGAACUCAAGGCAAUUUAAGGGGGAGGAGAGACCAUGGAAGGCCGGAACGUACUGAUGAUUUCGAUUGUACAUUAUGUCUGAAGCUACUUUAUGAACCUAUCACAACCCCUUGUGGGCAUUCUUUUUGUCGCUCGUGUCUAUUUCAGUCAAUGGAUCGGAGUAACAAAUGUCCAUUGUGUCGGACAGUUCUUUUCAUUAGUCCAAGAACCUGUUCUACCAGUGUGACACUGAACAACAUUAUACAAAAGAAUUUCCCAGAGGAGUAUGCUGAAAGGAGGACAGAACAUCAAAGUUUGACAAACCUUGGUGUUGAUUUGAUGCCUCUCUUUGUCAUGGAUGUUGUCAUUCCGUGUCAGAAAUUUCCACUGCAUAUAUUUGAGCCUCGUUAUAGACUUAUGGUGAGAAGGAUAAUGGAAGGCAAUCAUCGGAUGGGAAUGGUUAUUGUUGAUCCUAAUACGGGUACCUUAGCUGAUUUUGCUUGUGAAGUCGAGAUAACUGAGUGUGAACCACUUCCAGAUGGGCGUUUCUAUCUAGAGAUUGAAAGUCACCAGAGAUUUCAUAUAAUUCGUUCUUGGGAUCAAGAUGGGUAUCGUGUUGCAGAGAUUGAAUGUGUACAGGAUAUUUAUCCACCCGAAGGGUCAGAAGAAAGAGCAGACUUACAAGAGACGACAAAUAAUGCAGUCGAAUAUGCUCGGUCAUGGAUAACGAGGGCAAAAGAAGCAGCACAAUUUGAUCAAAGAAAACUCGAGAAAAUUCAUAAUCUUGAGUCUAUGAUGCCCACAGCACAAGAUCCCGAGCGCUUCAGUUUUUGGCUUGCUACCCUAACAAAUCGGAGACCUCAUGAAAGAUUGGAACUACUGCGCAUGAGAGACACAAAAGAGAGGAUGACACGUGGACUGAUUUAUCUCAGAGCAGAGCAGCAGGGUUGCCGAGUGCAAUGAUAACAAGUUGUAUUAGGUUUUGUUCCCAAUUGUGAUGAUUUCGUAUAUUUGUAGAGAUUGAAUUUGCUAAGACGAUUUUAUAAUUUAUUUACAUGACAAACAUUCUUUUGUACACAACUAUAGCGUUGUGGAUUCUUUUUGUUUUGUUUUAUGAAAAUGAGUUAUACUCAAAACUAUCUGUAAAGGAAAAUAAGG